GGUUGCGCGACAGAUGGGGUUGUGGCCAAUGGGAGACCAUUGCCGCCCAACUUUCAUCUGUGGGGCAAACUUGUGUGCUCUCCUGGGGCUUAGGUAUGCCGGACGAGGGACGUAGGGGAGAGGCUCUGGUAUGAUAUAUCAACCCUCUCGUCACUGAGCAUCACUUACCUUGGGGGACCCGGGACCUGGGACCGAAUUCCAGCUAGCUGCAUUUAAUACCAGAACCCGUUCCCCUUGCCGGGCUCCAUUGCACGUUCGCCAGAAUAAAUCAAGAUGCAGUGGCUUUGUAAGAACCCAGCCAUCUGCGAGGAGAACAUGGCUCUCCUGAGGUUUCGUCCGCAGAGAAGCGACGUGUUCUCCAUCUCAAGACAAGGGGGUUCCACUCCUCAGAUUGACAAAUGGUCUCUGAUCACGGACUACGAAUGGCAAGCAUGGCUAGACCAGGGGCAUAUGCAAUCCAAGGAGAGGGCCAGCAACUGCAUCAACCUGAUAAUGGGUAGACGAGCGGUAAGCCGCUUUCCGGACGGGAUGAUCUUGUCGCACCUCCCCUUUUCCCAGCCCAUCUUCCAACAGAUCAUGGAACAAUUCUUUGUACACGGCUCGAUUGCUCGAGUCAUCAACCGGAAUACAAGCGUCGUGUUCUCCAGAAUGUUCUUCGACUGGCCGUCGCCAUCUCGGCAGUCCAUAGUGUACAACUGCAGAACCGCUGCAUCCUGGCCCCAGGACAUGGCAAUGUCCGCAACUUUCUCCCCAGAAACACUUGCCACUUAUGCCGUCUUGUAUGGCUGCGACGAGGCGACCACGCAGCGUAUCCAGCAGCAGCUAUCAGAUUCCGACGAGCCCGUAUUCCAUCCCAUGGUCUUGCCCACCAUCUUUGCAGAGAUGGAAAGAGACCGACAGGUCACCCUCGUUCGCGACAGACUGGGCGAACUGGUACAGCGGGUCGUCGAUGUCGGGGCAAACCCUGAACUCCCCUUAAUGAAGGGGUCGGUCCUGCCGUCCCCGGAAUCGACUAUCAAGAAGACGUCGAUUAUGCUCUGGGUUGAGAUUAGCCACCUAAGGGACGGGUUGGAGAACUGGAAGAGGCAGAUGUACAAGAUGAUUGAGCAUGUCGAUGAGCUCGAGCAGAGAUAUUUCCGGGAACGUCUCGAUACCGACGCUCAGAAUGGCCGAACCCCUAGUAGCGAGCGCAGUGAUAGAUUGCAGUGGCUUCGGGACUCCGGCUAUAGGAUUAGGGGACGGUUGCAAGACCUCGUGGACGAAUACGACGAGCACGGAAGAGCAUGCACCACAAUCAUGGACGGGAUGAACCUGGCGACGCAGAUGGAAUGGAAUCAGAUCGGCCGGGAAGACGCCGUCACGAACCACCACAUCUCGAGCACCAACCUCAGAGUGGCUCGCCAGACGAAAAAAGACGGUAGCCUGAUGAAGUCAAUCGCUCUGCUGGGCAUGGUCUUUCUUCCUGCCACAUUUGUCUCGACGCUGUUCUCAACUGGCUUCUUUGACUGGAAGGGUGGAGGGGAUGGCCCUGUAAUUAUAUCGCCUUAUAUAUGGGUGUUGGGGGUCGUUUCUGUUGUGCUCACGAUGCUAACGAUGGGGACCUUCUUUGCUUGCAC